AUGAAGAUCCUUUACUUGCUCUUUUCUCUCCUCCUCUUGGCACUUCAAGUUUCUCCAGGUUUGUCUUCACCCCGGCGGGACAUGUUUCUCUGUAGAAAAGGGUCCUGUUACUUUGGAAGAUGCCCCAUCCAUCUGGUUAAAGUUGGAAGUUGCUUUGGGUUCCGCUCCUGCUGCAAAUCGCCAUGGGAUAUAUAAAAACUUCAUGGACCACCCAUUCAAGAGUGA